UCCCACUACUCGUGUAUUUGGCAAGUACGCCAAUAUUUGCGUACUUGCCAAGUACACCAAGGUUCGAAUUCAAUUUACAAAUAGGGCGCUCCCACUACUCCUGUAUUUGGCAAGUACGCCAAUAUUUGUGUAUUUGGCAAUUACAGCAGGUUUCGUUGCCUCUCGGUCUUCAGUGUUUGUUUUCUUUCCAUCAUGGAUAGUCGCGUAGUCGCUUCAGCAGCGUUUGUGGUAUUGAGUGGCUGCAUGAGAAGAAUUAAAGCUCAUCAAGUUCAGAAAGCAAAAAGAAAAAGAAGAUGGUGGAUGACUUCUUUGAACAGAAGUCGAGAGAGGUACAAUGUCUCCAUUAUGAUAGAGGACCUGAUUCGAGAACCGUCAGGAAGGUUGGAGAAUUUCCUGCGAAUGUCCUACACCGACUUCGAAUUUCUACUGAAUGAGGUGGGACAUAUGAUAGGGAAAAAAGAUACUCAGCUGAGGAGGGCAAUUUCAGUUAAGGAAAGGUUCUGCGUUGCUCUCAGAUUCUUCGCUAGUGGUGACAGUUUCGUGAGUUUGUCAUACCUCUUCAAAUUUUCACCACAAACUGUAUCCCGGUGCGUUUUCGACGUUUGCGAUGCAUUGAUUAGCGUUCUCAACCAUCAAAUAAAAAUGCCGAGAAGUUCAAAUGAAUGGAAAAAAAUUGCAAUUGAAUUCGAGAAUAGGUGGAAUUUCCCUCAUUGCUUGGGAGCUAUAGACGGGAAGCAUAUACUGAUUCAGAGCCCAAUGAAUAGUGGAUCAGAUUUUUUUAAUUACAAACACACUUUCAGUGUUGUUAUGAUGGGACUUGUGGACGCCAAUUACAUGUUCACAUAUGUGGAUGUUGGAUGCCAAGGCCGUAUAAGUGACGGAGGUGUAUUCCGCAAUACCGUUUUGGGCAGAAAACUCGAAGAAAAUAGACUGAUGUUACCCAACGAUGAAACUCUACCCAAUCAUACUCAAACUACUUUUCCUUACGUUUUCGUCGCAGAUGAUGCUUUCGCUUUGGGACCCCAUUUAUUAAAACCAUUCCAAGGAGUCUACGAAGCAGGCAGCGAUGAAAGAGUCUUCAAUUACCGGUUGUCUCGUGCUCGGCGCAUUGUUGAGAACGCAUUCGGAAUACUAGCGUCGGUCUUCCGGGUGUUUAGAGCACCUAUGCUACUAUAA